AUGAUACUCCAACCGCUGAUACAAAUCCACCCACCCACCUACCCACUGCGCGCAGGUGUACUGCCCAAUGGCGGAACAACGUACAUUGCUUCACGGGGGGGUCUGCGUGGCAUUCGUAAGCCGCUGGUUCUCGUGUCGCCACACUCGCGGUGUCCGUUCUACAUGUUCACAGUGAUCAAGUACGAUCCUGGCGAGAAGGACCUGCAGGGCGAGGCAGAUGCGCAGAGUGGCCACUUCGGUGUUCAACAACGAACGCGCGAGAGAGGCACCCUGUCGUAUAUGCAGCUGCUCGAGUCCUCGUGGCCUCAGACGGACGAGGCCAAAGAGGGGCUCAAGAAGCGAACGUACAUCAUGGACGAUCCCGCACUACGCUCGGGCAAACACCGGCAGGUGCUGGCGCUGCCGUCGAUCAAGAUGUCUGUGAUACAGUACGCCAAGCCCAGCGAUCUCAAGCGGGAUCUCAACGAGCAAUUCCGCGAGAGACACCCCGAUCUGCAGAUUUCCCUCAGUAAAAUGAGAAGGUAUGUGUGUGCGCAUAGUAAAAUGAGAAGGUAA